UAGUCUUUGCCAAACCAUUCUUGUUAUAGUACUUGUACCAUAACUUCUAGUUGGUUGAACUAUUUUUGUCACAUGGUGUACAUACCUUAUUUAGCUUUGAAAGCUUCCUUUCUUUUUCUUUUCUUUCAUUUGCUUCACGCACAAGUCAAGCAGCUCCUUCAAUAAGAUCAUCAUCUCUUCUAGAUUAUGGCAUUCAAAGAGUUCAUAAUUUGAAGCUAUGAGGGUCAAUCUGAUAAGUCUCGAGUGGAAGACCUUGAGAGAAGAUGCAAGGUAGGGCCAUCAGAAAGUGUGUUAGACACUAUGGGUGACCCAAUCUGUAGGAUUCGAAACAGUUCUAUGUACAUGAUGCUGGUAGCAGAGGAUCAGGACAAUGAAUUGGUUGGUGUCAUUCAAGGCUCAAUAAAAGUGCUCACAAUUCAUGGUCAUGCUCCACAUGAUUUGGCCAAGGUAGGCUAUGUCCUAGGCCUAAGGGUUGCACCCCAUUCUCAGAGAAAGGGAAUUGGCUCCAACCUAGUGCAAAGGCUAGAAGAAUGGUUCAUUUCCAAUGAUGUAGACUAUACAUAUGUGGCCACAGAGAAAGAUGACCAUGCCUCAGUGAGUUUCUUCAUGGGAAAGUUUGGCUACACUAAGUUCAGGACUCUGGCUGUGCUAGUAAACCCAGUGAAUCAUCACUCAGUUCAAAUCUCACCCAACAUUGAGAUAGCUAGGCUCAAGAUUGAAAAGGCUGAAUCCCUCUAUAGAAGAUUCAUGGGCUCCACUGAGUUCUUCCCUAUUGACAUAGAAAAUAUACUAAGGAACAAGCUAAGCUUGGGGACAUGGGUGGCUUAUUUUAAAGAAGAUAGUGGCUGGUGUGAGUCAGAUGGAAAAGUGCCUCAUAGUUGGGCUAUGCUUAGUGUGUGGAACAGUGGUGAAAUCUACAACCUAAGGAUAGGGAAAGCACCUUUGUCUUGCUUGUUAUUCAUAAAGAGUUGGAACUUGAUUGGUAAAAUCUUACCAUGCUUGAAAUUUCCAACCUUGCCUGAUUUCUUCAAUCCAUUUGGGUUCUACUUCAUAUAUGGGGUGUACCAUGAAGGGCCACUCUCAGGGAAGCUGGUGAGGGACUUGUGCCAAUUUGUGCACAACAUGGCUUCUAUAUCCAAGUGUGAGAAUGAGAACUCCAAGAUCAUUGUGACAGAAGUUGGAGAAGGAGAUGAGCUAAACCAUCAUAUUCCUCAUCAGAAAUCUCUCCCAUGCCCGGACUUGUGGUGCAUAAAGACCUUGAAAAAUGAAGAGACACACACGUUUUGUGAAUUAACCAAUACUCCACCAAGAGCUCUCUUUGUAGACCCGACAGAGGUCUAAAGAAUUGAAAUCUUAUGUCCCUAAACUAUGUCUCAUUCUCUGUUCUACAAAUAAAAUUUUAAUAUGUCAAUUAAAAAAAACACAUAUUAGUUUGUAACUAACUCACUCAUGUCAAUUUUAAUUGACAUGAAAAAUUGACAUGAUAAGAUUUCAUUGGUGAGACACAAAA